GUUGUGACGUCGGUCCUCUCCUGAAACGCAUCAUUUGGCAACCCAUCACAGUUCCUCUCCGGCGAAGCUAAGCUACAACCCCACUGCGUUUCCCAUCACUGCUGGAUAGAGCACCUCGGGAUCGCCUCGCAAAAAGACUGCGCGGGGGAAUAUAUCAAACAUCUCAGGGGUGUAACAGAGGAAGGUGCACUCAGGAUGGUCACCAUUCCAGAGUACUACGAGGGGAAAAAUGUUCUCAUCACAGGGGCCACGGGCUUUAUGGGGAAAGUCCUUCUGGAGAAGCUGCUACGCUCUUGUCCCGGUGUCAAAGCUGCGUAUGUGCUUGUCCGGCCCAAAGCGGGACAGGCUCCUGAAGCCCGGAUUGCUGACAUGAUCAACUGCAAGCUUUUCGACCGACUGCGAGUGGAUCAGCCCGAUUUCGCAGAGAAGAUCGUGGCUGUGAACAGCGACCUGACGCAGCCAGACCUGGACCUGAGCACAGAAGACCAGGAGACUCUCACGGGCUGCAUUAACGUAGUGUUUCACUGCGCUGCCACCAUCCGCUUCAACGAGCCUCUGAAAGAUGCCAUGCAGUUGAAUGUGCUGGCCACGCAGAAGAUGGUUAACUUGGCUCACAGAAUGAAGCUUUUGGAGGUGUUUAUCCACGUUUCCACAGCCUACGCCCACUGUGACCGUGAGCUCAUUGAAGAGGUGGUCUAUCCACCACCUGUCGAUUACAGGAAGCUCAUAGACACACUUGAGUGGAUGGACGACAAACUGGUCUCCUUAAUGACACCAAAGCUGUUAGGUGAGCGGCCUAACACAUACACGUACACUAAAGCUUUGGCAGAACAGCUCGUCCAGCAGGAGUGUGGAAACCUCAACGUCGCCAUCGUCAGGCCCUCAAUUGUAGGAGCCAGCUGGAAGGAGCCGUUCCCCGGCUGGAUUGAUAAUUUCAAUGGGCCGAGUGGGAUAUUCAUCGCUGCAGGAAAGGGGAUUCUGCGAACAAUGAGGGCUUCAAAUAACGCUGUCGCUGACCUGGUGCCAGUCGAUGUGGUCAUCAACACCACUUUGGCCGCUGCCUGGUAUUCCGGUUCCCAGAGACAUGCCAGGCCGAGAAGCAUGCUGGUGUACAACUGCACCACUGGAGGGAUCAAUCCAUUUCACUGGGGUGAAGUUGAGUACUGCAUAAACAUGACGUUCAAGACCAACCCCUUAGAACAGGCUUUCAGACGCCCCAAUGUUAACCUGCGAUCCAACCCUUUUACCAAUCAGUACUGGACCACAGUGAGUCACACCCUUCCUGCCCUGCUGUAUGACGGGUUUCUCAUGUUGACGGGUCAGAAGCCCCGGAUGAUGAAGACAAUCACUCGGUUGCACAAGGCCAUGAUGGUGCUAGAGUACUUCACGAGCCACUCGUGGGUGUGGAACACAGACAACGUCACCAUGCUCAUGAACCAGAUGGGAUCUGAAGACAAGAAGGUAUUUAACAUUGACGUCAGGCAGCUGCACUGGGCAGAAUACAUGGAGAAUUACUGCAUGGGCACUAAGAAGUAUGUUCUCAAUGAAGAGUUGUCAGGACUUCCAGCGGCGCGCAAACAUUUAAACAAGCUGCGGAACAUCCGCUACACUUUUAACACCAUCUUGGUAGUCUUAAUCUGGCGCAUUUUCAUCGCCCGUUCGCAGAUGGCCAGAAACAUCUGGUACUUCGUCGUCAGCUUGUGCUUCAAGUUCCUCUCCUAUUUCAGAGCCUCCAGCACCAUGAGAUACUGAGUCCGCCUCAGUGUCCUUUCCCACCCCUCUCUCCCGACUGCUAUGCACACACUUCUGCUUUGCGAUACUCCAGACUCCGAGGGUCAAGAGUACAGGCAUAGUAUCCGCUAUCCUCCCUUCCUGCGCAAAUGCACCCACAACAUCGCCGGGUGCAAGUGCACUCAACUGCUAUGUAGAAAGCAUGAAUUUUCAGGGCUCGAGGUCUGCGAAGCUCUCUUAGCACGAGAGCGGCCGCGUUCGUGCCGAGCGCGUUUGAGCACUUACUGUACCUGUUCCACCUCCUGAACGCAAACAGGUCGUGGGCGACUCUUUAUUAUUACGGUUUACAUACCUGCUCGUACUUGUUAGCGGCAUUGGCCCAUUUCCAGCUGUAAUCAACGAAGCACAAGAAAAAUAAAACGAGAGAUAGCUUUGUCUCAGCUCUGUGCCUACAAUUCAAAAAUUACCUUCAUCACGUGCCCGACGUCUCUGUUCGAUUCAUGUCUUUUGCCUUACAA